GUGAUGGUUCAAUCUACUUCAAGCCAUUAACGGGCAACCCAAACUCAGGUGCGAACUGGUUACGCCCGUUUCUUGUGAGCGUUACGAAGAUCAUAUACUCCUCGAGCUCAAAAACACUGAUUACUUCUUUUUUCAACGAGACAUGGAGAAUGUAGGCGUUGAGAAUUGCAAACUUGCCUGUUUGAGGAACUGUUCCUGCAAAGCUGUCAUAUUCAGAUACGAUUCGGUUAAUACUUCAAGGGGAAAUUGCUACUUACCAUCUGAAAUCUUUUCGCUCAGGAGGAAUGAAGGAAACAAUUAUAGAGUCACUGUCUCCGGCAAUGGAACUCUGUAUACUUCUAGCCAAGAAGACAACAAAACUAUACUAACAUUUGCUAAGGUUCAGAAUGUUCAGAAUAUUUCAGCUAGUGCACCCAAAAAUGGAAAAGGCAACAAUAUUGCACUUCCAAUAGGAUCAAGCCUCGGAGCACUUUUUGUUGUGUUACUUCUAAUUGGCGCUGCUAUUCUUUACUUGCGGAAGGAAAAGGACUUGGAGGAGGAUGACGACUGUAUAGAUGAAUUACCGGGGGUAUCUACAAGAUUCUCUUAUGAAGACUUGAAAUCUGCAACAGAGAAUUUUAGCAAGAAGCUUGGGCAAGGAGGAUUUGGUUCUGUCUUUGAAGGGACUCUGGGAAACGGCACAAAAGUUGCGGUCAAACGGCUUAAUGGUAUAGGUCAGGUAAAGAAGUCAUCCUUAGCUGAAGUAAAGACAAUAGGCAACAUUCACCAUGUCAAUUUGGUAAGACUGAUAGGAUAUUGUGCUGAAAAAUCUAAAAGGCUUUUGGUGUACGAGUACAUGUGUAAUGGGUCCUUGGACAAAUGGAUCUUCCGGAAAAACGAAGAGCUGCUUUCUCUCGAAUGGCCAUUGAGAAGGAAGAUUAUCUCAGGCAUGGCCAAGGGACUAGCAUAUCUCCACGAAGAAUGCAGACAGAAAAUAUUGCACUUGGAUAUAAAACCCCAAAACAUCCUUCUGGAUGAGAAUUUUGACGCAAAAGUUGCCGACUUCGGUUUGUCAAAAUUGAUAGCCAAGGAGCAAAGCCGAGUUGUGGCAACAAUGAGAGGAACACCAGGAUAUAUGGCUCCAGAGUGGAUGAGCUCUGUAAUCACUGACAAAGUCGACGUCUACAGCUUUGGGGUCGUGGUUCUUGAAAUCUUGUGUGGAAGGAAAAAUUUGGACAGAAAUCAACCCGAGGAGGAAAUGCAUUUACUGAGUCUUUUCGAGAGGAAAGCAGCAGAGGAUCAACUUAUGGACAUAAUUGAUAAAUCCUGCGAAGAUAUGCAUUUACAUGGAGCAGAAGUCACGGAGAUGCUACGGAUCUCGGCAUGGUGUUUACAAAGUGAGUUUACUAAGAGGCCUCCGAUCUCAGUCGUUGUUAAGGUCUUGGAGGGUCUAAUGGAGGUUGACAGCAAUUUGGAUUUUCGCUUCACAAAACCCCCAAUACCAAGAACAACUCCAGUUGUAGAUAGCAACCGCGAUGCUAGAGACGAUGCCACUGUAUUACUUCCACAAGUUUUAUCAGGACCGAGGUAAUGAAAGGUAAGUUUUUCUAGCAAUUCUAGUUGCUCAUUUGUCGGUAUUAAUUUACUUAUGAAAACGUUGAGACCCAUGGAUGGAUAGAAUUGAGAAAGCUAUUAGGUCUUGUAACUGUAUCCCAGUAUAAUACCACUACAUGUACCAAAAGACCCUAAAUGUUGUCCUAUUGUGUGUAAUGUUAUCGUUAGCAUCUCUGGAUAAUUCAUAUUUAUUAUUAGAGCAUUUUCGAA